AUGGAAGCCUUCACCAGUGGACACGGAGAGGUCCUCAAGGCCAUAGUGCUGUCCUGGCCCUUUCCCUGCCUGCCCCUGGGAACCCUGAUGAGCCUGAGGAAUGGAGAGACCUUGGACAUUCAGGUGGAUGAUGGCCAGAUGCAGGAAAGGAUGUUCCAUGCUGUGGUGGAUGGGCUUGAUGUGCUCCUGAGCCAGAAGGUUCGCUCCAGGAGGUUGAAACUGCAAGUGCUAGAUACGCGAGUCAAGCACCAGAACUUGUGGAGAGUGUGGGCUGGCAGUGAGUUGCAAGUCUGCUCUAAAGAAGCCAUUAGGAGGAGAAAAACAGAGGUGCCUGGGUCAAGGGGAGCAAAAAGGCAGCCCCUCAAGGUGACGAUAGAUCUGCAUCUCACUCAGGGACAUCUGUGUCCAGAGGAAUCCUAUCUCCUCAAGUGGGCGCGGGCCAGGGAAGAUCUGGUGCAGCUGGAGCGAGGUGCAUGGGGUCACUGCGGGAAACUCUUUACCUUGGCUCAAUUUGCCCCUCUCCUGGGCCAGAUGCAAAAACUUCACAACCUAAUUGUCUCAGAUGUCUCUGUGCUGGUCAUCAUUUCCCCAGAGAAGAUAGCCGAGUUGUUAGCCAAAUCACCUCAGUCUCCAGGAGAAGGCUCUGCCCCCAGAGGUGCUGGUGACCAAAUGGAGGUGCAGGGGUCUGAGGCUGAGGGCAAGGAGCACAGCCCUGAAUCCCUCCAAAUUCUGCUCAAGAAAGUCGCAGCCACAGUGACCGCCCUGCACUUGGAAAACUGUGGCAUCACAGAUGCGCAGGUCUGUGCCAUUCUGCCGUUCCUGAGCUGCUGCUCCCAGCUCACUACCUUCGGCUUCACGAGGAAUUUCAUGUCCAUAGACACCAUGAGGAAGCUGCUGGGCCACACCACCAGGCUGAGCAACUUAACCCUGGAGCUGUACUCCUCUCCUCCAGAGCUUUUCGUUUCUACGCAAGGUGUCAAUCAGCAGCUCUGGAACCAGCUACAUGAAGAGCUGAGGAGGAUCGUGAAGGCCCUAAACCAUCCCAGGACAGUGUACUUCUGCACUUUUCACUGUGAAGUCUGCUGCUGCCGGAAAGUCCAUAACAAGCAUUCUCCACGCUAG